AGGCGUUUAGAUGAUCAAAACCUCUUUUUGUAACCCUAAUUUGUCGAUUAAAAAAACAAAUAUUGAAAUAUUUCUUAUGAAUCAUGUCUCCAAAUUAUACAUAUAUGUACUAGAUUUUUUCUUUUUUUAUAUAUAUAAAUAUCAUUACAGUUUUCAUUUGUGUCAUGAUGCACAUCCCUCCUCAGUGUUUGUGUUUUUGCCUCCGGGAUGUGAAAACUUGCCGUGGCCGCUGUGUGCGUCUGAUUCGCUGCAUCUCGAUCUGCUCCCACAAUUCAACAGGCAACACAAAGGAAGAAAGGAAGAGGGCCGUGAAGCUACAAAGUGUUAGCUAACCCAGCCACAGAGAUGUCACCUUAUUGUGUCACGCCAGUCGGCAACGCCAACCCGCACAUUUAGAGAGGAACUAAAUCCGGCCAUUUAAAAACAACUUUGUACUUUUACGUCCCGGGCGCAGGAGGCGACCGAAGGGAAGCUAAUGGUAAUGUUUUCGGCAGCAAACGCUAACAAAGCUAGCUGAUUGGCUUAGGUGGUGAGCUAACGUUAGCCAGGCUAGCAUUAGCCAUCUGUCGUUAAAGGGGCGAAUCUUUCAUGAACGACAAGUGCCAGCAACUCUGGGUUAUUUCGCCUGGUAAGACAAGCAGAAGUGACCGGCAUCAAAUGAAAGGUGGUGGAAGUGGAACUUGACCCAUCCAACUGAGUCACCAUUUUCCUGCACAUAAUGGGUUUGAUAGCUCCACUGUAUGCAUGACUUGUUUCGUGUGGCCUGAUGGGAGGACGCUGUGGAUAGUACUUUCAUCAGGAUACCAGGAGAGCCAUCCCAUGCCCCCACUUUGGAGGGCCUGUCAGAAUGAAGAAGAUAAGCCUUAAGACCAUCCGCAAGUCCCUCAGCAUAAAGGGCAAAGAGGAGGGUGACUUUGUCAUGCUCCAGCAGCCCUCGGUGACUACAGAGUUUUCGAAGGAAGAGUCACUUUUUGGGGGCUGCUACACCAAAGAGCUUUCUGGCUGUGACCUUGGUGGUGAGGAGGACAAAGGGGGCCAGAAUAAGGGCCGCUCAAAGAGUGAAGGCCUGAUGGGAUCACUAAAAAGGAGGCUGUCUGCCAAGCAGAAGGCGAAAGUGAAAGGAAGCUCUUCUGCCAUCGGCUCAGUGGAUGACGAUGACACUUUCUCGUCCUCGUCUGUGCCCAUAAGCUUCAAUGAGGUGAAAGCCCAGAGACCACUUAGAUCUUCAUCCCUACGGAGUCAUCAUUAUAGCCCCUCACCGUGGCCUCUGCGUUCAGUCAACUCUGAUGAUGCGUGCAUCAAGAUGGAGGUAAAAGUUAAAGCCAUGGUUCACUCUCCCAGCCCGAGUCCCAACUUGAAUGGUGUCCGGAAAGAAUUUCACGAUUUCCAGAUGGAAGGGCUCUUUCAGGACCAAGCAGAAUCCUUAAAGAAUCUUCAGCAGCCACAAAAUGGUGAGCUGCAUCUAAACAUUGAUGAAAAUGACGUGCCUGUGGUGCUGGGGUUGACUCCCCAGGACUACAUCCAGUACACAAUGCCUUUAGAUGAGGGAAUGUACCCAGAAGGGUCCCACUCCUUCUGCUUGGACAGCUCCUCUCCUAUGGAGGUGGUGACUGAAGCGGACAGUAGGUCCCUCCACACAGACCAGGGACAGGAGGAACAUGAACUAGUUUGUGGGAUGCCUCCUGAUCUCUUCAUGGAAACCUCAGUUAACAGUCUUCUCAUCGGAUCUGCUGGUGUGAUGCUCCAAAGUUCUAGAGUAGAGGUCCCACCUCCCCUCUCUCCGCUUCUGCCGCCCAUAACAACUAACGGACAUCUUCCCAGGACUUUUUCAGGGUUCAGCUCUUCAGAUAGCCAGGUUGCUGAGAGGGUAAGACACCACCUCAACUUUGACCCAAAUACAGCUCCUGGGGUUAGUCGGGUGUACGACUCGGUCCAGACCAGUGGGCCCAUGGUCGUCACCAGUCUGACAGAGGAGCUGAAGAAGCUUGCGAGGCAGGGCUGGUACUGGGGGCCAAUCACACGUUGGGAGGCAGAGGAAAAACUGGUCAACUUGGCCGACGGCUCCUUCCUGGUCAGAGACAGCUCAGAUGACAGGUACCUGCUCAGCCUGAGUUUCAGGUCCCAGAGCAAAACCCUCCACACCCGUAUCGAACACUCAAAUGGACGCUUCAGCUUCUACGAGCAGCCGGACGUGGAAGGACACACAUCCAUCGUUGACUUAAUCGAACACUCUAUCAAAGACUCAGAGAAUGGAGCUUUUUGCUACUCCAGGUCUCGCUUGCCAGGUUCUGCAACCUACCCUGUCAGACUAACCAACCCAGUAUCUAGGUUUAUGCAAGUGCGCUCCCUGCAGUACCUUUGCCGCUUCGUCAUUAGACAGUACACGAGGAUAGACCUGAUCCAGAAACUACCCUUACCUAACAAGAUGAAAGAUUAUCUGCAGGAGAAGCACUACUGAGGACACAGAGAUAGGGCAGUGGUAGCAAUUUGCACUUUUGGGUUCAGUUCAGAGAUUUAAACAAGGUUUACAGACAACCACAGUUUUGAGAUGAUCGGUUUUGGUGGCUCUUGAUUUGUGUCCAGGAGACUUUGUCACUGUUAAGUCCUCCAUUCCACUGUUCUGGGUUUAUUUUCUGCUGGUCUUAACUUCCAGAGACAUAGUGCCAGCACAUAAUCUACUGCAAAAAACAAUAGCAGAGGUAUACAGCCAAGUUAUCCUAGUUGCAUAUGUUAAGUGCAGACAUUAAACACGUAGGGUUAACAGUAAAAUCCAGCUCUGCAAGUAAAGCAGAUUUUCAUAAAUUUGUCAUCUGCGUGAAGGAAAACUAAAAAUCUACUCUGGAUUUGGAAGUUCAUUUAAUCUUUAUCCACUAAAUUGUAGGUUUAAAAUAAGGAAAAAAAUCUUUAUCCAGUAAAUUGUACAUUUAAAAGAAGGAAAAAUAGUGCUACAUAAGUUUUAAAUCACAUUUUAAGCUCCCUGCAGAUGAACCAAUUUUGAUCAUCUUUUUCAGCACGAUCAGACUGCAAAUGAGAAGAUCAUUCUGCAUUUAUUCUAUGCAAUUAGUCAAAUCAUACAACAAGUGAUGGUGGCCAACAUGUUCUGCUAAUUUACAUACUUCACAACAUAUCCAGUGGAUGCUAGUUCUUCCUCAAGCAUUAUUUGACUCUUAUUAUGCCAUGGUACUACCUGACAUACAACUCGUACAUUAAUGCUUCAGUAUGCUUAGUCUGACGCAGGCUUUAUUUUGUUGUUGUCAUGUUUGCUACUUUGAAAAAAAGAAAGAAAAACCCUUUCAGAGUCACAUGGGUUUACCACGUCCAAAUCAUUAACCACAUUUUGUUGCAAAAGAUGUCAAAAAUUGGCCGGUCUGUAAGUGGGAUGGAACAGUUUGUCAGAGACGAAGCCUUACAUUGUGUGGCUGCAUGUAGCCAUUUUAUAAUGUGCAAGCCUAAAGGUACUGACGAUGCUGGACUCCAAUGUGCAGUUUGCAGGAACAGCACUGAAGUUGAUGUAUAAACCUUUUUAAAAAUAUGUUAACGUUAAAAGUGAAAUCUUUUCUGCAUUAGGAAUGUUACAUAAACUGCACUGCAGCUCAGGCCUAACAACUUUGUCACUAUCUGUAAUGCUUGUAUCUGCAUGUAGUAAAGGCUUUAAGACUGUCAAUUAAUGGCACUGUAGAGUUACUCUAAAUAAGAGAUGUUGGUCAACGGAUGAAGGAUUUUGGCUGAGUAUAGGGCUGUUUAAUGCACUAUUGCAUUUACCUUUGGCAGUUUUAUAAGUGAAGAAAAUUUCCCUCAAUUAACCUGCAACUAAAAAAAUGCCUCUAGUUAUUUGACCUGAAUCUGUAUGUAGGGAUGGUUGUUCCUUAGUCUCGAAAAUGCUAGCAACGAGCUGGACCCAGAUCAAAGGAAUCCCAUAAAUGUCGUGAGCUUAGGAAUAUGGACUCGGGGAAAGCCAGGGUUAGUCGUCCUCACCAUCUUGGAGCGAUGCCAGGGUUUUCGGCAUGUGACAAAGGUUCCACCGCAGCUGCAUGGCUCUAUCAUCAGUGUCAUAUGGGUUUCAAGGACAUUUAAAAAGGAGAAGGCAUAGUUUUUGCCAUUGCAUAUUCACAUUGUCCCCACAGAGCUGCACUACCCCACAGAUUGUCUCUACUUGGCUGUUGGUGCCAGAGUAAAGGGAAGAGCACACAGUAUGCUACGCAAGUGCUUUAUAUGGAUACUAUGACAGGGAAUAGUGUUUUUCACAUUAUGAAUGAGCAUCUUUUUUGACAUCAGUGUCCUUUUCAAAAGUAUUUGGAAAGUGGUCUCUCAGACAAUUUUUGGUAGAAUGUUAGUGCAUAGUUCUAGUUUUAGUUAGCUGGAAACGUUGGUGUCUGAGGAAAGUUACCGUGAGUCUAGCACAGCAGAAAUUAGAUAGGAACUCUGGACGGUGUUGCAUGUUUUAAAGACUUGGUAUUUUGAAGCGUUGCGUUGUAUAGGAACAGAGGAUCUAGGUCGUGUGUUUGGCUGUGUAGAGGGAUGUUGUUUUCUGUCACAAACAUGGGCUGGACAUUCUGUGUACAAGAAAUGUUUUUUUUUCUUUCUUUGAAUCCUUUAUGUGAGUUUUAUUUUUGUGACAUUUGCCAUCUGGGGGAUGGGGCUGUACAAAAGGAAUGUACGCUUGUUCGAGGGAUCCAUUUUAUCUGCCUGCGGACCAGUUUCAGAAAGCAUGAGAAUCAUAAGAACUACAUUGACACAUUUUUUUGCACUUGAAUAGUCUCCAUUGACAUGCUUUGGAUCCUCUCCUGCCUAAAGUCGUCCUUCAGAUGCCGUGUUUUUUUUUUUUUGUUUUUUUUUUGUUUUUGUUUUAAAGAAGAAGAAAUAUAGUCACGUUUUGUCCUUCUGUGUUCAUAUAACUGUUUAGAUAAAUGGAGAUUGUUUUGUUUAUGUCAUAUCUGUGGGAUAUAAAGGGUAAGGCACCAGCAUCAUAUCAAAGCCUCUGCUAAUGCUCACAGGCUGUCAAGGAAUGGGAUCAUGGCAAGAAUGUGGAUGUAAAUUAGAUUUUACUUUUUGGGCGUGCGUGUAUGUGUUUCAGUUGAAAUGUGAAAGCAAAAUGUUAGUCUUUUUUAAUACAAUGUUCCUUAACUUGUAUUUUCCAUUUUUAAUUGCGGUUUUGUCAUCAAACUUCAACAAGCAGGAACCAGUUUCAUACGGUGUUGCUGCUGUGAGUUUUCUAAAUAGUUAUUUUGUCUAUUAUUAAGCGUUAUUGCCUUCAAUGUUUGAUUCCAGAGGUUGAUGCUUGUUCGGACUGCUGAAACGUUUUAAGUUAAUAACAGCUGUUUAGCACUUAACAAGCUCCAACAAUUGUUUUUUUUUUUUUUGUGCAUCUCGGCGAGUGAAGGUGAUUGUUUACAACAUUAUGUUUGGAAAUGCUCUCCCUCUUUUUUUUUUUUUUUGGUUUACCCUCUCUCACAUGAACAUCUUGGUACAAUUUGAGAACUUUUGUUUCAUUUUAAUGUGUUAUACACAUUUGUGCUGCUUAUAUGGAUAUGAUUGCCUUUUCUUGUAUUUAACAAUGGGGGAAAAUAGAAUGUCACCAAUGUAGAUGUAUGUACACUAAAUGACUUUGGUUAUCGUCUUGGGAGAGUAAAGCAGAUUUGCAAUUUGUUAACAAACUGUAGUCAGUUAAAAGAGCAUUAGUAGCGAUUAGUAAAACCCUCCGUAGAGUUACCGGUUCACUCCAGUUUACAUCGGUUGUCAACUUUCCAAAGUAGAUGGUCUUUUUGUAUUUUUCUUUUGGGAAAAAAAUCAACAGUGAUUUUAUUGCACACUUUGGAUACAGUUCAAGAGUUUUUUGUAUCUGCCAAUUAUAAAUUAUAAAUAAAAAAACUAUAUUCUAAAACAU